GCGGGUGACGCUGUUCAACUACCUCAUCAAUCUCCUCUUCAUCUUUCAUGUCCCCCUCAAUAUAGACUCCCAUGGCGUCCCGAAGUGACUCCGCGGGGUCUUCCCGCCCGCGAUCUCGUCGCUCUAUCGCCCAUGUCCCUCGAUCGCAGUUGACCUCUACCUUGGACAAGGAGAAUGCCACCACAAAUAUCAGCUCUUCUCAACCUAUUGGUGAGCGUCCAAAGCUCUCGGCAAAGGAUAAGAAGUCGCGCAGUAAGAGUCUGGGACCUGGUGGUCUAGAUGCGCUCCAAGAUUCAAAUGGCAAUCGACGCAAGUCUACUGCAGCCUUCCCCCUCAAGUCUAUCCUGAAACCUACAGUUCCCGUUUCCCCGGUUCGCAACAUUCCUACGUUUGAGGAGACACGCAGACGGACUCCCGCUCGCGGUCCACCUCACAAUGACGGCACAGGUGAAGCCCCGGACCAGGGCAAAGAGGGCAUGUUAAUAGACUUCGAUACUCCGGCACAACCGUCAGGCUCUGCGGGUGACGACCCGUCCAAUCCUUUCGAUAGCUUCACCGCCGCUUCAAUCCGGGAUGAAAUGGCCGCGGUGAGAGAGCGAGAAGAGAAGGAACAGCGGGAGCGCGAGCGCAAGACGAUCCUUGAGCGAAGAGAGGCGCGCCGGAAAUCUAUGGCAAAUCGCCGUGUUUCAUUUGCCCCAGAAGCAACAUUGCACACGUGGAAUGUUGUGGAGAUACCUGAUGACUCGACCUCUUCAUCUACCUCCAACUCAACCAGGCGUGCAUCGUCCCUGGCAAAUCAGACCCCCGCACAAAAGAACCCCCCGGAAGAUCCUCCUUCUCCCGACCUGGACGCAGAAUCAGAUAUCGGCUUUUCCCCCGUUCAGUACCCAGAUCUACAGCAGCUCCAGAACCGCUCAACGUCAUCGCAGGAGAUGUCCUCAAGCCCAUUCAGCGGGAGCUCGGCGGACGGCAGUGAAUAUACCGGAUUACAAGGUUCGCAGGAAGACAUCGACGAUGAUGACAAUUCAUCAGUUUCCGGCUCUGACGGGGAAAGUACCGCGAUGAGUAUGGACGAUAUGACCGCUCGUUCUGCAGUCACGACUCGGUCAGAUGGGUCUGAGGCUAGCACCAGCUCCAGUGCUCGGCUAAAUGAGGCUCUACGGCAAGCGGCCCGAGAAGCAGGCACUCGUGGCAUUGAGGACGAUGAUGACGGUGACAUGUCGAUGGAGAUUGCCGAUCAGAAGAUCACAGGCGCCUUCCAGCCUUGGAUCAAGAAAGGUGAACGCCAAAGUUUUGAUUGGGAAGACAUUAGCGCUCGGCAUGACCAGGAGAAUGUGCAGCCCUCAGGGUUCGUGGCCGACCAACCGGCUGAGGUAGAUGCAGCAAGCGACAAUGGGGAUGAGGACCUCAGUAUGGAAGUGACGAAUGCCAUUGGACGUAUUCUUCCAGGCCAGCAGAGCCGUCGUCAGAGCAUGAGAAGUCGCAUGUCACUUGGCGCAGAGACCGUGUACGAUGAACAAACCAUGGAAUUGACCAACGUCGUUGGAGGCAUCGCGCAACCUAUUUCGCCAGCCAAGUCAACAGGAGCCUACAGCAACGCAGACGAAGAUGAGGAGAUGACCAUGGAAUUCACGUCGGUCGUUGGUGGCGUUCUGAACAAACCAUUUACAGCUAAUGUCGCCAAUGAGAACGACGAUGGCCCAGCAGAAUCAUUCACGCCAAGUUCCAAGGCACCUGAUUUUUCUGCCUGGGAGAACGAAGAUGACAAUAUGGAUGAAGGAAUGGACAUGGAAAUGACCGGGGCCAUUGGUGGCAUACUUCCCGCAGCUCAGGAGCAAACCGAACCACAAGAUGAGGAUCAAACCCAGGGCAUGGAUUUCACGACUGCCGUGGGUAAGAUAAUCUCACCUCAAGCAGGGCCACAGAAGACCGUUGAAGAACCAAUGGAAGUAGAGCCAAAUGCCGAACCGACUGCUGCUCGCCUCGGUAGCUCACCCUUCCAGGGUUCCGCUCGUCAGUCCCCAGCUAAAUCACCCGCCUCGUUCCAUGUCGCUGCCGUUGCUUUAGAGAACGGAAGCCCUAGCCUGGCCAGUGUGAGAUCCAGGCGGACCCGACAAAGCCUAAGCCAUGCUGCUUUGAGCACCCCAACCUCUCAGACAUCACAGCAAUCUCCGAAGGAACCGGCGCUGCAGGCCAGCGGACUCUCACCUGCUGAAACUCCGUCUAAAUCCACUGAUGAUCAGAAUACAUCGCCAGAGAAGCCACCGCAGGCGAACCCUACGGGACCUGCAAGCGGGAAGAAAUCUCCAAGGCGUAAAAGUCUGUUCGAGAAGUCUGCAUCUGGAAAGUCAGCUCCUCUGUUUGUCCUGCAACCUCAUGGAAAAAGACGAUCUUCAGGUCUCGGGAUCGAUAAAGAAGGCCUUGGAUCGCCCAAGGUGGCCGCUAUGCUUGACAAGCGUCGAUCGAUCGGUGAAGAGGCACCGCAGUUCAUCCCCCAAGAACCGUCUAAACAGGGAGUGCGCUUUGAAGAUCCCGUGAAGCUCCAGGAGGAGGUUGAGAGGGAGCGCGAAGAGGAAGAGAACCGAGAAGAUGGGCAUAUUCCACCGCCACCCCUCAAUGAUCGGGAUCCCACAGCUAAUCUGAAAGACAUGAUCUCAAGUCUUACCCCGAAGAAGAAUAAGCUGCGUGGGAGAAAGAGCUUGCAUGUUGGCGCCGCUCGUGGCGUCCUCGGCAAACGGCCAGCCGAGCUGGAUAUGGAUGAUGAAGAUGUUGAUAGCACACCAAAGCGUUUGAGGGGGCGUGAAAAUGUGAGUCCGGUGAAGAACAUCAGGCUUCCUGCACCUCCGUCCAAGGAUGAAACGGUUGGGCGUGCAGCCCGUUCGCCUCUUAAACUCUUCAGUGGCUCUCCAUUGAAGAUGAGCACCACUCCUCUCCAGGAGCCGAAAGGCAGCUCCCUGGCGACCAGUCCGGAGAAACACGGUCGAUUGUCCUCAAAGUUACCGUCUGGUGCCGAACCAUUGGAAGAACAGGACACUGUUGCUGAAGAGCCUGGUCCGCAAUUUGAACCAAUACAGUUGCAGGACUUCCUGAACAUGACCAACAUCCACUUCAUGGAGCUCACGACGACAAAACGGCGGCAUACCACUGCUCCUGAUAGUGCUUCCAAACGAGCAAUGCGACUUUCAACUGAGAGCGAGACUAAGUCAAGUGCUUCUGACUUUGAAGCCUGCGUGGCAGCUGGUUUCUGCACUGUCCCCAUGCUCGAGCUCUAUCAACACUCUUGUCGCGAACUGAAGUCCUAUAUCUCCGAAGGAAGACAGAUCAUUCGCUCGAUCGAAACCGAGACCUACGCCGAAAACCCGCCGCUGUUCCGUGAAUACAUGACAGCACCACCCGACAUUCGUCUCUUGAUGGACAACCAGUUCCGCAACGUCAAGACGCACGCCAGACUCCAAAGCAAAGCCACAUGGUACGAGUGGCGCAUGAAGCUCCUCGAAGGCCUGAAAGACGGACUUGACCGGCACGUGCAGGAGAUGAAGGCCGACGGCGACACCCUAUCCAAGCAUGAAGCCCUCUUGACCGGAGUCGUACCAGGUCUCGAAGAAAAGCACUCCGCCCUCGAAAAAGAAGCCGCGACACUCCAGCAACUCGCUGAUGAGAUGGAGAACUGCGACCAGGACGAACUCCGCAGUACAAGAGAGAAGCUCUCUACCGUGGAGGCCGAAAUCGAAGAGAAGAAGCGCCGACUACAGGAGAUGCAAGAGGAACUCAAAACCAAAACCGACACGAUCGAGUCCGGCACAGCACUCAAAGCAGAAUACACCGCUCAAAUCGAGGAAGCAGAACGAAUCAAAGAAGAAUGCCGCGGCUGGAGCGCCAAAGAGAUUAGCGAGCUGAAAGAAUCCGUCCGCAACCUAGAGCGCCAAACCGGCUGGAGCAUCAUCUCCGCGACCUCCCCUCCAGAAGGAUCCUCCGCCGGCCCAGCCAUAACCAUGUCCUACCGCAACCAACUCCAACUCACCUUCCACCCUGCCUUCUUUCACACCAACACCAACAACAACACAAACCCACCCACACCAAUCGACCUAAAAUACGCCCCUACAUCCGACACCAAGCGCUCUACCACCACACCCACCGCCCAGCUCUCCCCCAUCUCCCUCCUCGUCCUCAAAUCCCUCCAAUCCCACAUCACCACCACCACUCCCCAACAAAAACCCACCCCUAAACACCUCCUCCACUUCAUCUCCCAAGCCUGGGACCUCACCCUCAAACUCGAAGAAGAAGCCCGUAUGCUCGAAUUCUGCGGCGUCACCAAACUCAAGCUCCUCGAAGCGAACGACUCCUCUCCCUCCCUCCGCGCAAGAUGCACGCUCCUCUCCACGGGUACCACACCCGACAGCAAACGCCGACGCAUUGACGUCGACUUUGCCGUUACAACCCGCAUUCUGCACAACACUACCCAUGGUGAUGAGGGCCAGGAUAGUGGUAGUGACAAGAGUGAUAUCGGUACCUUGGAUAUCAAGACCGAUGUGAUCGCUAGCAAAGUCUAUGGAUUCGGGAGUGGGAACGAGGCUGGAAUUUCCGAGGUGGAGAUGCGGAAGAUUCUUGCGAAGGGGCUGCGUGGCGGUGCUGAGAAGAAGGGUGGUGAUGCGGCUGCGUUGAAGCUUGGUGGUGGGGUUUGGAGUAUGGCGGUUAGGAAACUUAGUGGGGUUGUGUUCUAGUUAGGUGAUUUUUCUCUAUGAGGUGUUUGGUUUGGUUUGGUUUAGUUUUGGUAUUAUGGGGUUUUUCUCUUUCGGUUUGUAGGUAUUUAUUUUUAUUCCCGGUUGUGUAUAUGGAUGGGACUGGUGGUGUUUGGUUGCUUGGGGUUAGGCUGUUUCUUUCUUCUUUUUCUUACUCUGGGAUCAACAAAGGGAAGGGAAUGGUGUUCAAUUUCAUGCUGUGUAUCUUGCUCUUUCUAUGGGUUUACUGGUUUACACAAGGUACAAGGUGCAG